CGCCGUAGAAAACUUUCCACGGAGAAACCAGUUAUGGUAAGUUCAAACAAAACAAAGUUCGAAGUCUCACGAGGACGAUUUUCUUACCUCUCGAUGACUCGUUUUGAGACAUGGUCUCCACUAUAUCUAGGGUUCACAACGUGCUAGGGUCCAUUCUGAAAAAAAAACAAAGUUCGAAGUCUUCGGAGGACGACUUCCCUACCUCUCGAUCACUCUUUUUGAGACAUGGUCUCCACUAUAAAUAGGGGUGCACCAGGGGCUAGGCUACACUCUGGAAAAAAAACAAAGUUUGAAGUCCUCGGACGACGAUUUUCCUACCUCUCGAGGACUAUGUUCGAGACAUCGUCUCCACCAUAAAUAAAGGGUACACCAGGGACUAGGGUUCACUCUGAAAAAAAACAAAGUUCGAAGUCCUCGAAGGACGAUUUUCCUACCUCUCGAGGACUCUGUUUCAAACAUGAUCUCCAGUAUAAAUAAGGGUGCACUAGGUGUUAGGGUUCACUCUGAAAAAAAAAACAAAGCUCGAAGUCCUCGGAGGACGAUUUUCCUACCUCUCGAGGACUUUGUUUCAGACAUCGUUUCCACUAUAAAUAGGGCUGCACCAGGGGCUAGGGUUCACUCUGAAAAAAACAAAGUUCGAAGUCCUAGGAGGACGAUUUUCCUACCUCUCGAGGACUCUGUUGGAGACAUCGUUCCCACUAUAAAUAAGCGUGCACCGGGUGUUAGAGUUCACUCUGAAAAAAAAGCAAAGUUCAAAGUCCUCGGAGGACGAUUUUCCUACCUCUCGAGGACUCUCUUUCAGACAUGGUCUCCACUACAAAUAAGCGUGCACCAUGUGUUAGGGUUCACUCUGAAAAAAAACAAAAUUGGAAGUCCUCGAAGGACGAUUUUCCUACCUCUCGAAGACUUUGUUUGAGACAUCGUCCCCACUAUAAAUAAGCGUGCACCGGGUGUUAGAGUUCACUCUGAAAAAAAAGCAAAGUUCAAAGUCCUCGGAGGACGAUUUUCCUACCUCUCGAGGACUCUGUUGGAGACAUCGUUCCCACUAUAAAUAAGGGUGCACGAGGUGUUAGGGUUCACUCGGAAAAAAACAAAGUUCGAAGUCCUCGGAGGACGAUUUUUCUACCUCUCGAAGACUUUGUUUGAGACAUCGUCCCCACUAUAAAUACGGGUGCACCAUGUGCUAGGGUUCAUUCUGAAAAAAAAGAAAGUUCGAUGUCCUCGGAGUACGGUUUUCCUUUGUCUGGAUGACUCUUUUUGAGGCAUGGUCUCCCUUACAUGGUGGAUACGGUAUGUUUCUGGUGUAUUCCGUGAUGGAUACGGUGUGUUCCGUGUUGGAUACGUUGUGUUCCGUGAUGGAUACGGUAUGGUUCCGGUGUAUUCCGUGAUGGAUAUGGUAUGUUUCCGGUGUAUUCCGUAAUGGAUAUGGCGUGCCCGGUGUGUUCCGUGAUGGAUACGGUAUGUCUCCGGUGUAUCCCGUGAUGGAUACGGUGUAUCCGGUGUGUUCCGUGGUGGAUACGGUGUGUUUCGGGUGUAUUCCAUGAUGGAUACAAUGUGUUUCCGGUGUGUUCCGUGAUGGCUAUGGUGUGUUUCCGGUGUGUUCCGUGAUGGGUACGAUGGAUUAUCCAACGUUUUCCGGUGAAUGGAAAAGUUUUGUAAUUGAGCGGUUCCUGGUACGAUGACUUUCCGGCCGGAAUACUGCCCCCCUUUCCAGUAUUUUUCCGGUCGGAUCCGGUAGGAAUUGCACGGGAACCGGCGGGAAUUAGCUGGAAAAUGGGCCGGUUCCUGCAGGUUCCGGUGGGAUCCGUUGACUGGAAUCAUCGACCUGGGUAAUUCUUCCAAGAUAAUUAUAAUCAAAAGAUAUUUUUUCAAAAACUAGACAACAUUUUUUUCAAUUUAUUUGUUUUAAUGUUCUCCAAAUAAUUUCGUAUGAAGUAAAAAAUAAUUCUUAUUUAAAUGUAAACAUAAUUAUGUGUAAAGUUUCUGUUAAUGGUUAAAUAAAAAUCUCUUUCCUCAUAUAUUCUGAUUAUAAUGAUUUUUGCAAUGAAUUCAAGUUAAAAAUGAAAACCGUCAUUUUUCAAUUUCUAUUAUUGAUCAAUCAAAUAUUCUAUAGAACUAUUAAAUCAAAAUCAUAUCGGUAGAAGUAUGAACAGUGGUUCGAAAGAAUGAAUAAGUGCAUUAGUGUACAAGGACAGUACUUUGAACAAAUAUAAUAAAAUCAUUUUAAACUAAGCUACCAGUAUUGCAAAUCUAAAAACUGUUGGAGUGACCCACGUAUCAGAUCGUUAAUUUUUAGCAGUAAUUCAUAUAAUAAUAUAGUCAAGAUUUUUGAUAAACUUCAUCGAUAUAAGGAAAUUUAUAUACGACAGCUACUCUAAUAAAAAUUUUAAAAAAUAAUCAAAAUAAAAUUAUUUUUUUUUCCUUCUGUUCGAUUUAUAUAUUAUGAUAGUUCUAAUAUAAAUAGAAAAAUAAUUAAUGAAUAAAAAAAUUCAUUUUUCUAUUCUUUUUUCUAUUUAUACAAGAUGAUCCUAAUUCGAAUUAAAUUUUUAAUAAAAAGAAAAUUAAUCUAUUCCUUUUUUUUUCUUUUUACUGCUAUGAAAUAACUCUUAUUCAAUUAUAAUUAUGAUCAGAAUAAAAGUUAUAUGUUCUUUUUCUUUUUUUGUAUUUUCUAUUUAUUAAAAACAGUUCUAAUGUGAAUUAUGAUUAUGAUUGAGAUAAAAAUUGAUUAUUGUUGUUACUUAUUGAAGUCCUUGUUUGAUUUAAUAAAUGAAAUUUAUUUUAUAAUUACAAUGAGAUAAUUAUCAAGAUUAUUACAAAGUAAAUAUUGUAUGACAAAACGAAUGAUAGAUUUAAAAAAUGAAAAAGUUUAAAAAUUUCAUAAACAUGAAAUGGAAUAUAAAUUGAUUAAUAUGUUACAAAAAAAAGCAUUCAAAUUCAAUUUCUGAAAUCAAUAAUAGAAAAGAAAAUAUUCGAGACGACCAACUAUGUAAUCAAUUUUGUUUUUCUUUCUAUGUAAUAUUAGUCGACCAUUAAGACAUGUCUAUCUAAACGAAUGAAAAAUAUAUAUGUAUUCUAUUGUGUGAAAUAGAAAACAAAAUUCUGUUUAUUUUAUUAUUUAUAUAUAAUAUUGAUUAUUGUCAUUUAGAUAAAUCUGUAUAUUAUUUUGUUUUUAAUUUUUUAUAUUAAAAGCUUCAAUUAUGCCAAUUGCUUAUGAAAAGAUCAGCAAACGUGAACAUGUUCCUCAAGGUGAAGACGGAAUUAGCAAAAAACUAAUUACUACUGAUGACUGUGGACCAUGUGUCUUCUUUUUGGUAGACUGUGUAUUUCAAGGAAAAAAAAUCUGCUAUCUUAAACAUUAUGAUUUUAAAGAAAUUGAUGAUUCAAAUAUGUCACAAUUAGAAUGUUUCAUGGCUUUUUUAUCUAUCAUUUCUACUGAUUUAAAACAUCAUAUUGAUAUAAAAUCAAUAAGACCUCAUGAUUUAGUUGGAAAAACAGGUCUUCACGAUUGCCGAUUAACUAUUGGAGGUGGUGAUGCACACAACUCAAUUUUAAUAAAAAGUUCUUUUUCUCUUUUUUUAAAUCCAACUACACAUUAUAUGUUACCUAAUGAACUAUUUAAUGAUCCUGAUAUAUUCUAUCUUUAUCAACAAUUCAUAUACAAAACAAUAAUCUUUGAAUCUGUCAGUAAAGUAUUGCCUGAUUAUGAAGAAGAUCAAAGUGUUCUUAAAAAUGAUGGACUUGAUUAUCCAAGUUUAUCAAUGAAAUAUAGCUGUACAACAAAUCGGUUAACUAUGAAAAUUGAUUGGGUAUCAACAUCAGACAGUUUUUCAUUGGCAACAAUGAAAGUGAAAUUACACUCACAACCACCACCACCAUCAACAUACUAUUAUUGGAAAAAAAAUGUACAAGAAAUUCAUAAAUUUCAACAGAAAGCAAAACCUGAUGAAAAUGAACGAUUAAGUGAUGCCUUAUCAUUAAUUCCAAACCAGAGAUGGACGAGCCGCGAUUUCACACCAUCCCGCCCCGCCCCGCCCCGCCGGUGGAGCGAUGCAGAAACUUGA